AUGGUAUACUGUGCCGCGUGCAUCGAUGGUAUUAAAAAUCUCAAUUGGUACAAGUUUAUUGUUGAUGAACUACACAAGGCGCUGCUGAAACGCAAGCCUACCAGGGGUUGCCUUCUCUUCUACAAUCUACUGUACAUUCAUGCGAUUGAUCUUUCUGGACAUGGCAUCGUAUUGCCUGAUGGUCCUUUUCCCAUCAAUGUCUGGACGAAGAAGCUGAUAACUCUUGUCCUCAACAAGGAUGUUCAGGCUGACAAAGUUUCUUUCGGGAAACUACCGUUGAAGCCUGAGCUUGGCAUGAAUUUCUGUCUGUUUGGUGGUCUGGAAGGUCUUGACAAGUUUAUGCGUGUUCAUACUGUCCCAAGCUGCAGUCAGGAGAAAUUUGCCAAAUCAACUCAGAUAGUUGCUCGGUUCACGUCCGCCAUGGUUGGCAUCCUAGGCAAUCUUGUGCAAUCAUUAACCGCUUUGGAUGAUGAGGGCCAUUCAGAUGCAUCCCGUCAGCUAGACGCUGGAUUGAAUGUUCUUUCUUCUGCUGCCCGAACGACGGCAAGGACCACGCGCUCAUCGCAGGGCAGGCGGCCGGAAAGCCCUGGAAAGAAUGUUGCUGAAGAUUCUGACAGUGAUGACGAGUAUCAUGGAGGCAAUGAUGCUGAGUUUGAUGCUGACUCCGAUGAUGAUGACGAUUUUAAUGAUAUGGAUUAUCGAGUUGUUCGUCGUCGUCGUAACGAUCCUUUUGUUUCUUCAGGCAGUGCAUCCGUUGGAUCAGGUGAUGGAGGGCUUAGCCAGCAAGGUCUGACAGACACGCAAGCUGAGGCGGCCACUGAAUCUUCUGUCAAGCAGUGUGGUUCUCAGCUUCUAAAAAAUUUGGCUUACCAGAGGCGCAAGAAACUGAGGCUACCAUCACCCCCUCGUUCAGCUUCACCAACUGUGCCAUCACCCCCCCCCCCCCGUCCAACUUCACCAGCUGUGCCUCCCGGCCCAUCACAAAGGCCAUCUUCACCAAUUGCACUGUCAGCAGCUGAAAUUCAUUUAGCUGUGAAGAAAGUUGUGGUCCAGGAGCUUGGUAUACGUGUGGCUGAAAAGGGAACUGGUGUCGCCGUCCCACUAUCAACCAUGCGGAAGGAGGCCCCACGCAGGGCUCCCGGCAAACAAUCUGUUGCUGCUAAGGAUUCAGAGAUUGCACCAGUGAAAAGUGCACCUAUGAAACAAGUUGCUGCUGCUAAGGGUUCACCAAGUGUAUCAGGAAAAAGUCGCUCAAAAGAUAAAUCUGCUGUGAAAAAGGUGAAAUUCGCCAAGACCAGAUCCUCACCACGACUAAGGACAACAUUGUCGCAGACAACGUCAUCGGAGACAACAGAAGUUAUCCAUCUUGAUGAAUCUCCCACGGCGACAUCUCCGUCUGAUAAAGUAGCAGCAGCUAGCAAGGGCGCAUCUGAUGUUGUUGCGGCAACAUCGGCUGGUGUUUCUGGUGACCCUAUAGAUCAGCUUGCUGCAGCGGCAACUGUUACUGCUGUUGUUGAAGAUAUCGCCAGCGCGGCUGAGGCUGUUGAAUGUGAAAAUGAAGUCGUUCCCAAUAUAGUGCAUGAUGAAGGUGAAGCCGUUCGUGUCACUGAGGAAGUUGUGGGAGGUACCCGAGUCAAUAUGCCUAUUGAUACGGCUACAGCUGGAGGUCAAGAGAAUGAUGCCCAUAAUCCUGCGGCCACAGUAGCUGACCCUAUGUUGGAGUCGAGCACCCCUGGAGCUGGAGAAUACGAUGGUAAUUUUACGCCACCCAGCUGCUCUCUUGGGCUUGAUGUCAUCUUUGGUGCGAGUCCACAAGUGCCACCAUCUACUGAAGCAACUCCAACGACUCAAGCUGCACCAGCAUUGGCUCAUGUACCACCUGCAGCACCACAAGCAUCGGCGGCGGCGCCAUCGGCUCUAGUUCCACCUGCAGCACCAGAAGCAUCGGCGGCGGCGCCAUCUGCUCAAGUACCACCUGUAGCACCAGAAGCACCUGCGGCGGCGCCAUUAGCUCAAGUACCACCUGCAGCACCAGAAGCACCUGCGGCGGCGCCAUCGGCUCAAGUACCACCUGCAGCACCAGCUACUGGCCCUGUCGCUGUUCUAGGGCUCGCAUCUCCUGUUGCUGCUGGCUCCAAGGGCAAGACAAUGGUGAAAGUUACCAAUGCGCAACCGGUUGCUUGGGCUCCGCCACCCAACUCUAACAACCCUCAAAGUCCAACAUUUGUUACACCAGAGUUACCUCGCACAGAGCAUUUAGUACGCAGUUCAAUCCCUAAAUCCUUUAUUCGGAAAGUUAGGGUCACCCACCCGUCCAAAUACCUGCUCCGGCCUUUUGCCACCCUCACACCGAGCGAGGAGGAAGAGUUUGUUUACAAUGAAGUUAUCAAGCAUACUACUGAUUCUAACUCUAAGAUUAAAGAUGUUAGGGUCAUCGACAUUGAUGGUAGAUGGGUCACCCUCGGUGAGCUUGCCAAUUGUGUGAAGGGAGUUGGGCAACUAUCAACCAACAUUGCCGAGUUACAUGAGACUUCACCCAAGUUUGUAUUGAAGUAUUUUCGACGGGACAAGUUUUACAUUCUUAGUCACCAGGAUCAGUUGCCUCCCAUGUGA